AUGAGUUGUGCUAAUAAAGAAGAUUCGGGAAAUGCUGCAAUCAUUGCUAAAAAUGGAGGUAUCGAGUUAGUUUGUUCGAUUUGUAGUAAGAUUCCAACUGAAUCAAGACAGCCUCUAGUUUCUUGCUUAAAUACCAUGUCAUCGUUGCUCACUGGUAUAUAUAUCUUGAAUUCGGGUUUCACUGUUGUUGCUGCUGCCGCGACUGGUAAUGAAGUUGUUAAACGAUCGUUUAUGGAGUUGGGAAUCGAUGAGCUGAUUCUACAAGUUUUGAGUGGACAAACUCAGGGAAGUGUUCUGAGCUUAUAUGAUGCUAUACGUGUUUUGUUAAUAUCUGAUGAUAAUCAUGUUGUUGCUUCGGAAGUUUAUGGUUACGCACGAAGAUUUGCAAAAAUCAGAACUGCGAGAGCUUUUGUGGAAUCUCUUCAUGGAGGGAAUAGUUCGUCUGGUCUUGUUUCAGCUUGCAUAGCACUAAAAGCUAUUGCUGUGAAUAGUGAAAUACGCAAAUCAAUUGCUGAUGCAAAUCAAUUGCUGAUGCAAAUCAAUUGCUAA